AUGGCUGUCAAUGGCAAGGAGGUUAUAGUUGACCUAAGCGAGGUUUAUUAUGCUGAGAACCUCGCUGAUAAUAUCAUUAGCUAUGGUAUAUUAGAAGAGCGUGGUGUUUUUCUCGAGCGAGACGGCAAUCAGAGCUAUAUGGUACGUCAAGAGGAUGGCCUGAAGAUAUUCGAGUUGUUCCGCCGCAAUCACGUGUUAACAGUCGACGUAAUGGGUGAGAAAACGAAGGAAGCGCGAGUUCCAGUUGUCAACUCAGCCUUGCUACAGGGUUACGAUGGAAGUGAUGAAGCUGUAUUGAGUACAACUCUUGUGGAGUUGCAUCAGAGACUUGGUCAUCUUGGAUACAAUUCUGUAGAGCGCAUGGCCGACUCUAUAGGAUCGGGCAUUUACCUAACGGACCGAGCCAGGCCAAAUUUUCUUACUUGUGAAGAAGGCAAGAAGAGCAAAAACAACCAGUCCAAGAAGAAUACAGGCAAGAACGCGCCUAUUGACAAGCUUGGUGGUGUGAUCGGCAGUGAUAUCAAGGUAAUAAUGACACCCCUAGAUCGACGUGGUAAUCGUUACCUAAUUAACUUAGUCGACUACAAAUUAUGUCCGCGUUUUCCUGGCCAAGGACAAGAUUGA